UUUUUCACGAAAUUUUUAAUCGCCGACCAAGUUUGUGUUCACCAAUAAAUAUAGUUUUAGCCCUCCUUAUAUCCCACGCAAUUAACGGCAAAACCCUACUUCCCCUUAAUCUAUCUUUGAUUGCAAUAAUCGGUGGUGUGGACGGCGGCGGUAGUUCCCGGUGAUUCCUCCCCGUCCUCCUAACGAACAGGUCGUUGAAUUGUUUUGUGAGUACAAAAGGGAGACGCAGUGCAUUAUUUUCACAUACGAGAGUGUUUUCUGAAGAUGUCUUGGAGGAGGGCCAACACUCCUGGAUGGGCUGCAUAUGACCCCAAGAAUAAACAGAAACAAGUCACAGAAAUUGAAACACAUGAUGACCCUUUUCCACCUAUAUCAAGGAAUACAAGAGCCUUGCAUCACGGCCAAAACCAGUCAAGAAAUGGUGAUCUCAGUGGGAAAUCUUUUUUCUCCGUGCUAACCCACUCGACAAGUGUCCCCGAUAUGGUACAUGCUCACACUUUAGUAGAAAGUAGUCAGAGUGAUAAGAUAAAUCCGAAAUUUAACAAGCUCAAUGAGCUUUAUCCCCGGGCUAAUGAGUACUUGAUGGAUAUAUUAGCAGCUGUAGAUUACGAUAUUGACAAAGCCUCAAAAAUUCUAACCGAGAUUAGGUUGCAAGAUAAGGAAGCAGAGUUUGAAGACUAUAACGAGGAGGUUGGUCAUACUAUAAAGAAUAAUGAACAGUUAGAUGAUCAUUAUUAUUUUAUGAUGGAUAUGAGUAUGAUUCCAGUGGAGCCUGAAUGGGAAGAUGAUGACAUGUACAUAAUUCAUAGGAAGGAGGCGAUCAGGGCGAUGAGGUUAGCAUCUCGGCAUAAAAAAGCAGCUACAGAGGCCUAUCUAAGAGGAGAUCAUGCAGCUGCACGAGAGUACUCUUUACAGGCUCGAGAAGAAUGGUAUGAUGCUAAAAAACUUAAUGCCAAGGCAGCGAAGGAAAUUCUAGCUAUCAGGAACCCUGAUAAUGAUGAUUGGAAGUUGGAUUUGCAUGGUCUUCAUGCCACGGAAGCUGUGCAAUUUUUACUAGAGCGCUUAACGAAGAUAGAGUCACAGAUGUCUGGGACGCAUCCUGCAAAACCUGAUAAAACAGACAAGAUGGAUAGACAAGAACAAAUAUACAGGCCUAGAUUAUUGGAAGUCAUUACAGGGAUAGGUAAUCACAGCCGAGGAGAAGCUGCGCUUCCUGUAGCAAUAAAAAGCUUUCUCAGUGAAAAACGGUAUUAUCAUUUUGAGGCGAGGAUUGGGGCUAUAACGGUGCGACCUAAAUUCCGUAAACAGUCAAAUGCUCUCUCUAGUACAUAGGAACAUGGAAAAUGUAAAUUGUCUUCAAGGCUUUUGGAAGUGAAGUUGACUCCUUGUGUAACUUUGUUAAUAUGUUCAUUUUAGCAUUGUAAUUCAUGUCGUUGUUCCUUGUAUAAUAAGCACUAGAAACAGGAGCAAAUGUGAGUGUGUGUGUGUGUUUUUGUUUUAUUUGUUUUUUUUUUUUUUUAAUUUUUAUUUUAAAGGUAAUAGGCAAAAUUCAUGUAAAGAAAAUAUUACAAUGCUACCUUUUAAUUGAUAGUGUAAUAUGGUAAUUGUACAUUGUAUAAUAAACAAAAACAGUGGUUUAAUUGACGUA